AUGCGUGAAUGUAUCUCCGUGCACGUCGGCCAGGCCGGUGUCCAGAUCGGCAACGCUUGCUGGGAACUGUAUUGCCUGGAACACGGCAUACAACCCGACGGACAGAUGCCGUCUGACAAGACCAUCGGCAGCGGCGACGACAGUUUCAACACUUUCUUCAGCGAAACGGGCGCCGGCAAGCACGUGCCCAGGGCCGUGUUCAUCGACCUCGAACCGACCGUAGUGGACGAGGUGCGGACCGGCACGUACCGACAAUUGUUCCAUCCCGAGCAGUUGAUCACGGGCAAAGAAGACGCGGCCAACAACUACGCGCGCGGUCACUACACGGUGGGCAAAGAAAUCGUCGACCUGGUGCUGGACCGGAUCAGAAAACUAGCAGACCAGUGCACUGGUCUGCAAGGCUUUCUGAUAUUCCACUCGUUUGGCGGCGGCACCGGUUCGGGGUUCGCGUCGCUGUUGAUGGAACGCCUCAGCGUGGAUUACGGCAAAAAAAGCAAACUCGAGUUUGCCAUUUACCCGGCGCCGCAGGUGUCCACCGCGGUGGUAGAGCCGUACAACUCGGUGCUGACAACGCACACCACGCUGGAGCAUUCGGACUGCGCGUUCAUGGUGGACAACGAGGCCAUCUACGACAUAUGCCGCCGGAACCUGGACAUCGAGCGGCCCACGUACACCAAUCUGAAUCGGCUCAUCGGUCAGAUCGUAUCGUCCAUUACGGCAUCGCUGCGGUUUGACGGCGCGCUCAACGUGGACCUGACCGAGUUCCAGACCAACCUGGUGCCGUACCCGCGUAUCCACUUCCCGCUGGCCACGUACGCACCGGUCAUAUCUGCCGAGAAGGCGUAUCACGAACAGCUGUCCGUGGCCGAAAUCACCAACGCGUGUUUCGAGCCGGCCAACCAGAUGGUCAAGUGCGAUCCCCGGCACGGCAAGUACAUGGCGUGCUGCAUGUUGUACCGCGGUGACGUGGUGCCCAAAGAUGUCAACGCCGCCAUAGCCACCAUCAAGACAAAGCGCACCAUACAGUUUGUAGACUGGUGCCCGACCGGUUUCAAGGUCGGCAUCAACUAUCAGCCGCCAACCGUCGUGCCCGGCGGCGAUUUAGCGAAAGUACAGCGCGCUGUCUGCAUGUUGUCCAACACAACGGCCAUCGCCGAAGCCUGGGCGCGCCUCGAUCACAAGUUUGACUUGAUGUACGCGAAACGUGCGUUUGUCCACUGGUACGUCGGUGAGGGUAUGGAGGAAGGAGAGUUCUCAGAAGCCAGAGAGGAUUUGGCAGCCCUCGAAAAAGACUAUGAAGAGGUCGGUAUGGACUCGGUCGAAGGCGAAGGUGAAGGCGGUGAGGAAGCUUAA